GGUAGUCGUGCGAUAGACGAAGUGUUCCGAUUGCUAACUUUGUCUACUGGCUGUUUGUCGGCUAAUUUCCUAUUAAAGGGAGAAUUAAUUGAUGUUGUUUGUUGUUUCUCUUUAAUUUUGCCUUUACGUCUUAAGCUUGUAUAAUAUCAUAGUUUAUAUAUUAUUAGUUUGAGUAUUAAAUAUGUAGAUAUUUAUUCAGGGAAUCAAAUUAUGAUUAUAGGCAUUUAGUUAAGUUUAUUAUGUUUACCUAAUAAGCUUCCCUCAAAAUACGUGGUCUUUCGUAGAUCAUCAUGGCAGCCAAAUGCAUGAAAUCGGGAAAGGGGUGAAGUCAAAAAGUUUUCACGUAAUGUUUAGUGAAAUCUUCAGAAUGUACAUGUAAUAUUCAGUGAAAGCUUCAGAAUAUAAUAUUCAGCAUGUAAUCAAGUAUUAUUCAGCAUCGUCAGUAAUGAGUAAUAUUCAGCCAUGGUGUCUUCAGUAUAAUAUGUAGCACGUUGAUUAUAAUCAGAAUUAAAAGAGGAAUUCAUCCGUAUUCGAAUUCUCUCAUUAGGCUAUGUAGGCCCAUGCGUAUGCGACCUGAUUUGUGUAAGCUGAUGUGUGAACUGUUUAUAUUUGUAGCUGUUAUUUAAUAUAUAAAGUUUAUUACAUUGAAGAACUACACGUCGUUGUUUAUAUUUCGCUAAAUGUUUCAGUGUAGAAAGCAUUGACUUCAGAGUAUUCGUCCGCAGAGCAUCAUUCCUCUGUCAAUAUUAUUUGGCUGCUUCAGCGAUAGAGGCAUGCUGUUACAGUGAAAACUUUAUUCACAUUCGUUUAUAAGUAGGCGAACUUUUAAUUCAUUUGCGUUAUAUGAGUAGACACUUCAUAUCGCAUACUGAGAAGAGACUGGUGUUAUGUAUUCAGCAACUUUACCAUUGACAAUAUUUCUAAUAAGCAGUAUAUUAUCGGUGAUUUCGAUUUCGGAUAAAUUAUAUACAAGUACAAUGGCAUCCGGUGGUAAUGAUACCUACAAGAUAAAAUCAUCUCAUCAUUCUUCAUCAAAGAGAUCUCUUCAAACACGAAGUGCUGCAUCGCGGUCGCACUCUGUAAAAGCUGACAUAGCUAUUGAAGCUGCUGCACUUAAAGUAAAACUCAAAUAUCUAGAGGAAGAAACCAGGAAACAGUCAGAACUUACACGUAUUCAGAUGAUACGAGAUUUGGAUAUGGCGGAAGCUAAACUUCAAGCCUUAGAUCAAGUUGAAAGAGAAGACAGUUGUGUCUUGACUGACAGUAGUGAAUCUGAUAAAAGCCGUCAUAAUACAUGUAGUCACAAUGCUCCUGAAAUUAAUGCGCGUCAAGAUCGUCAACGUAAUUUUGUACAUGUACCUCUACCUACUGCUAAUCAAGAUGUAAAUCAAUAUGUUCAAAGUUACAUUAAUAACAUUCCUGACUCAAGAUAUUCGCCAACUGAAGUUUCAGUGGAAAAUUGUGGUGGUAACAUUAGUAACAAUGAAACUUUAUCAUCAAUUGCUAAAAUGUUUGCAGAACAAGUUAAUUUAAGUAAAUUGCCAGCUCCUGAACCUAUAAUAUUUUCUGGCGAUCCAUUGAAGUAUCCAACAUGGAAAUCUGGGUUUCGUUCUUUGAUAGAACACAAGAAUAUUCAACCGGUCGAAAAAAUGUUUUAUCUUAAAAAAUAUUUAAGUGGUGUUGCACGUGAAUCCGUUGAGAGUUACUUUUUAUUACAAACUGAUAACGCCUUUGAAGAUGCAAAGUCCUUAUUAGAAGAAAGAUUCGGUAAUCCCUUUAUUAUUUCGCAAGCUUUUCGCGACAAGCUAGAAAGUUGGCCGAAGAUAUAUCCUCGCGAUGGUUUGGCACUUCGAAAAUUUGCAGACUUUCUCAGACAGUGUGAAUCUGGUAUGAACUCUAUUGAUAGUCUUAAAGUUCUCGAUGAUCCACGAGAAAAUAAGAAACUUUUGAUUAAGUUACCAGAUUAUUUAGUCAAUUGUUGGGCUCGUAUCGUGCACGACUAUAAGCAGAAAUAUCAGCAGUUUCCUCCCUUUAGGGAAUUUGUAAAAUAUUUAUCAAGAGAGGCAGAUAUCGCUUGCGAUCCAGUUACGUCCUGUAGUUAUAAGUCAAACUCAAAUCGAAGUAAUCCAUAUGAACCUAGGAGAGCUGCAACGGCUCAUGCUUUGGAAACUCGUGAAAAUCGUCAGUUUAAUCGCUCCGAACGAAAACCGUGUACCGUUUGUAAAGGUCAGCAUCACUUGGACACAUGUUCUGAAUUUUUAAAGAAGAAUUUGAAAGAUAGAAAGGAGUACAUUGCAAAUAAUCGCCUGUGUUUUGGCUGUUUAAGCUCGGGUCACAUGUCAGUAUUUUGUCGAAGCAGAUUGUGGUGUAAUAUCUGUCAUAAAAGGCACCCAACUUCUCUUCAUGGUGAUGUUCCGGAAAGAAACGAUCCAGUUGCAAGGUCUUCCGUUGCGCAUAGUAUUAAAGUUGACUGGUACGACGUUGGUAAUAAAAGCGCAAUGAUUGUACCUGUGUGGAUAUCCUUUGAAGACAGAGAACGUUUAGUUUAUGCAUUGCUUGAUACUCAGUCGGACAAUACUUUUGUUUUAGACACUUUGUUAGAUUCUCUUGGUGUUGAUGGACAACAAAUCCAGCUUUCACUUUCAACAAUGACUGCUGAAAAUCAGAUAAUAAAUAGUCGUAAAGUUCCGGGUUUGUGUGUUCGAGGAUAUGACAGUAAUAUAAUCAUCAAUCUACCUCCAGUUUAUUCCAGAAGAAUAAUGCCGGCGAAUAGAAGUCAUAUUCCUAAUUCCGACAUGGCUAGACGUUGGCCUCACUUACACUGUAUAGCAGAUCAACUUCCUCCUAUUCUGAAUUGCGAGAUUGCCCUUUUAAUAGGUUAUAAUUGUCCUAAAGCUCUUACACCUAGAGAAGUAAUACCUCAUUCGGGAAAUGGUCCUUACGCCCAGAGAACUGACUUAGGAUGGGGUGUAGUUGGCAUUAUAGAUCAAUGUGCGUCAGAAAAUUUGGAUUCAAUAGGCUGUAGUAGUCAGACAUUUCAAGUUCGAACAUCAUGUAAUAAUAAAUCAGAACAAUCACUAACUUCAAGUGAUAUUGUUGUUUCCUUUAAAACACACAUCCGAGAAAUUAUUAAUCCUGUUGACAUACUGAAAAUGAUGGAGAUAGACUUCAGUGAUCGUAAUAAUAAUGACUCUGGUUGUUCUCAUGAAGAUAAUCAAUUUGUACUUAAGAUGAACUCAUCAAUUCGCUUAAAUGAAAACAGUCAUUAUGAAAUGCCUUUACCUUUCCGUGGAUCUAAACCAACGCUUCCGAAUAAUCGCAUUGUGGCAGAAAAUCGUUUGACACCUUUGGUAAAUCGUUUUACAAAAGACAUAAAUUUUAAGCAAGAUUACAGUAAAUUCAUGAAUGAGAUUAUCGAAAAGAAUUACGCCGAACCGAUUUCUGCGCAUGAACUUUGUAAUAUUGGACAGAUUUGGUAUAUACCACAUCAUGCAGUUUAUCAUGCAAAAAAGCCUGGUAAAAUUCGAGUCGUUUUCGACUGUAAUUCGAAAUUUAAGGAUGUUUCGCUUAAUGAUCAUUUCCAUUAUCUGUGA